AUGAUUCGUCAAGAAUUUGGCUCAGACUUUCCAAAUUUAAAAGAUUUAUUAAGAAAAGUUUCUCUUGUCUUUGUCAACUCAAACCCCUUCUUUGAGAUGCCUAGACCAACCUCCAACAAAGUUGUUUAUAUUGGUGGAUUGGUGGAUAAUUUGGCAACUGAGGCUAAUAAAAAACUGGAACCAAAAAUUAAAAAAUUAUUGGACGAAGCAGUUGAAGGCGCAGUCCUUUUCUCGUUUGGAUCAAUUGCUGACACAACCAAAUUAAAUUUAAAAAUUAUAGAGGGAAUUGUAAAUGCUUUUAGACGGUUCCCUAAUAUUCAAUUUAUUUGGAAAUUGGAUUCUGAAACAAUAAAAAAUAUGUCUGAGUUAAUUAGCCCAGUAUCCAAUAUUCAUACUUUUGAGUGGCUUAGACAACCAGCUAUUUUAGUCCAUCCCAACUUGAAAGCAUUUAUUACUCAUUGCGGACAAAACAGUCUAACCGAAUCAGUGUAUGCUGGUAUUCCUAUUAUUGGUAUUCCCCUUUUUGGGGAUCAAUUUUACAAUGCUGAUGUUGCCGUUUCACAUGGUAUAGGGCUACAGAUAGAUGUUAAUGAAUUGAAUGGACCGAAUGCCGAAAAUAUUUUAUUUGAGGCUAUAGAAAGGGUCCUCAAAGUCCCCUCAUUUCGCCAGAAUGCCCAAAUAUUAUCCAAAAAAUUAAAAUUGACUCCAUUCAAACCAAAAGAUAGGUUAGUAAAAUGGGUUGAAUUUGCAGCAGAAUUUGACGAUUUAUCAGAACUUGAUUUGCCUGGAGACAGGGAAUUAAAUUGGUUUAUUUAUUAUUCUGUGGAUGUUAUAACAUUUUCAAUUGGAUCUUUGGCUGUUAUUUUGGUGGUUGUUUGGAAAUUUACAAAAUGGAUUUUGAUUAAAUUUUGGCAAAUUUUGUGUCCGAGAAAUAUAAGAAUAGAAGAAAAGAAGCUUAAUUAA